AAAAAGUAACACCCCUCGUUGUUAUUAUUUCUGAGAAAUACAUAUCUAUGUAAAAAAACGCGUUGGCUUAGACCACGCUUCUUGUCAAAUAUGACACUCGUUUGUGAUUCUAACCUCUACUUCCACAUUUUCCACGACCAUUUCGUUUAUAAAAAGUAUCUUCCUUUCGAAAACAAAUACUGUAGAAUGUAUAAAAUAACGUAAAAAGCAUUUUCUUUAAUACAAAUACAAACAUUUGAAAAGAUUCCAAACGUAAAACUAAAAUACGGCCGGCGAAACAAUUGACUGUGUAGGUUCUUUGUAAGUAAACAUCUCACAAAUGGCAAUGGCGGCCUGUAAACAUGCGCCUUCUACUGAUUCUGUUUAUUAUACCUCGGAUGGUGAAUCUCGUGUAGAUCUGGAGAAAUUAAAGCGGUGUGUUAAUACAGUUUUAUUGAUUAAAAAACCAACUGUUUGAUAUAUAAAAUGUGUAAUCAGUGAUAUUUUCUAUGUGCAAUUUAUUAUUCUCAAGAAAACCGGGAAUAUCGCGGGAUUAGAAAUAUGUGGCGUUUUUCAACAAUUAAUAAACUGCACCCUAGUGAUGAAAUAGAAUUGACAGAACUGAUUUGGAAACUAUGAAACAGGUUCGGGUACCAAGGAAAUCAAAAUGCCCUAGCCGUCGAGUAGCGCCUUCCAUCACGCUGCCAGUCACCCUGGAGGACCCUGCCACCAAUUGGAAGGGACCGCCGCCCGGCUCGGAACCCCAGAGUUUCGCUCAAGGGCCAGCCAACUCGUUUUCAGGGCCACCGGCUGGCUUCCAAGGACCCUCGCCUUUUCAAGGCCCACCGGCGGGGGCUGGGUCGCCAGCCGGUGCACCUCCUUACCAGGGGGGUCCUCCACCGGGUUCAACUACACCCCAAUAUACCGCCUCGCCAGCUCCAUCGGGUUCUUCGACCCCUGGACCUGGUCCUCCCCCAAACGCGGGUUUCCCACCUCCUAACAGUGCCGGUCCUCCCUACAAUGGCCCCGGACCGGGCCCUUUUGGCUCCCCGUCGGCGGGGGGGCCACCGUUCGGCCGUCCCGGGUCAUCAGGACCUCCGUUUGUUGGUGGCCCGGGACCCACAGGUAAUCACUUUCAACAUUUCGGUCCCGGUCCUGGAUUCGGUAUGCCACCGGGGUCACCAUUCGGGCCUGGUCCAGGACACCCCAUGUCGGGACCCAUGGAGCCGGCUCAUGGAAUGAUGUCCAGGCAGAUGGGCGGACCUAUUCCUGUUGAACAAGGGUCUCUUCCUGUUCCAAGGCGGCACACGCCUUAUUUUGGUCAACCAGAUUAUCGAAUCUAUGAACUUAAUAAAAGGCUGCAGCAGAGAACUGAGGUAGAUAGUGAUAACCUUUGGUGGGAUGCAUUUGCAACGGAAUUUUUCGAAGACGAUGCAUCUUUAACGUUAGCAUUUUGUUUAGAAGAUGGCCCAAAACGAUACACGAUUGGAAGGACGUUAAUUCCAAGGUAUUUUAGGAGUAUUUUUGAAGGUGGAGUGACUGAAUUGUAUUAUAAUAUGAAACACCCUAAGGAGUCCUUCCACAAUACUAGUAUUACUCUGGACUGUGAUCAGUGCACUAUGAUAACACAUCAUGGUAAACCUUUGUUUACCAAGGUGUGUACAGAGGGCCGCUUAAUUCUAGAAUUUACUUUCGAUGAUUUAAUGAGGAUAAAAUCAUGGCAUUUUGCUGUUCGAACACAUCGAGAAUUAAUCCCAAGAACGGUAGUUGGAAUGCAUUCCCAACAGGAUCCAAGCAUGUUGGACCAAUUAUCGAAAAACAUUACAAGGCAAGGCAUCACAAAUUCUACGCUUAAUUAUUUGAGGUUAUGUGUGAUAUUAGAACCUAUGCAGGAGCUUAUGUCUCGACAUAAGGCAUACGCGUUAAGUCCCAGGGACUGCCUGAAAACGACGCUUUUUCAGAAGUGGCAGAGGAUGGUUGCGCCGCCGGGUAAGAGAGAAUCUCAAAGGCCAGCAAACAAAAGGCGAAAAAGGAAAGGUUCCAACUCCGGAGGAGCAGCCAACAAUGCAGCUCCAGCACCAAACAAAAAAAGAUCUCCAGGGCCUAAUUUUUCCUUAGCGUCGCAGGAUGUGAUGGUUGUGGGUGAACCUUCAUUGAUGGGUGGAGAAUUCGGAGACGAAGACGAGCGACUAAUAACAAGGCUAGAAAACACCCAGUAUGACGCCGCAAAUUCCUUAGACCAUGAUAACCAUGGUUUUCAUGCUGACUCACCGAUGCCAGGAUCGAAUUCGUGGGGAGCGGGGGUGGGUGAUAGGGGCGGGCCGGGGGGCGUCGGCCCUCCUCAGGGGAAUACCCCCUCCAACCAGGACUCUGAUAAAAAAUCCCCGGCAGUGAGCCAGUGAUAAUAGUUGUUCUUUAUUAAAAAAAACUGUAGAAUCUCCGAGUCAGUAUUUUUAUUGUACUUCAAGUAUUUAAGUGGUUGGUUUUUGAGAAAAUACAUUUUUGGAAAGAAGACAAGAAACGAUCAUGUUUUUAUCUAUUGACAAAGUAGCGAAAUUGAUCAUCUAAAUAAUCAAAAUUUUUAAAUGUUUAUAUAUUCGAUCUCCUGAGCGAAAUAAUUAUUGAUAAAAAGAAAUGUGUAAAAUAGGCAAUUUAUUUUAAACUGCCAAUUUUACAUGACUUUUUAACUGAUGUUUUAAUGAAAUUUUGUGACAGUGUUUUAUUUAAAUAAAUUGUUCGUUGCUCGUCUUUUUUCUGAUGACUAUAUAGGGGAUUAAUUAUGUUCCAUUCAGAAUUCCGAUAAUGUCAACUGAAAACCAUUUAGAGGAGUUAUGUUAAACGCCUAGUUUUAAUAAAAAAAUUAUUGGUUAUUUUCUUAUUCUGGUUUAUGUGUUUUAAUAUAAACUAUGGAUAAAAGAAUUCGAAGCAUGAACUAAUUUUGACAUUUAAAUUACACUCACACAAUGUCAUAAAGUUCAUCUGCUGCUUAACAACAAAUGCUUCAGUAACAGUCAUGUAGACAUAUAAAUGAAUAUUCUUAUAAUUACAUACAUCUACAUCGUAGUAAUAUCUGCUACUAAUUGACUCAGUACAUUAUCUCCAUACUAUAGAACGUUCAGUUGGAUUAAAAAGUUGUCUAAAAUAUAAGAAGAUCGCAUAUCACGACUGCAUGCAACAAUGACACAACUCAAAACUGCUUAUAUCGAGAAACUACGGUCGUGUUGGUGUAAAUUUAUCUUCCUCAGAGCCUCCUUGACAACAGGUAGACCUAGAAAUAGUACUAUCGGAGGAUGGAGGGAGACAGAUUUAAAUCAAAACUAAACCGUAGAUUUUAUUAUUUUUUCAAAACUGAAACAGUUUAAACAACAAGUGAUUAAAAGUUUGAUUAUCACGAAUUUUUUAAAUUCAUUUUAUUUCUAGUAUAAAAUUAAAAAAUCAUUUGUGAUAACAGUCCUAGUACUAGAAAUAAAAUAAAUUUAAUCACUUGUCUAAACUUUUUCAGUUUUGAGUUGUUCGCUCUUGCAAAAGAAUGAUACUAAAUGUGUUUUUCUAGACUAAACUAAAGCAGACAAAGAAUAAAAUUGAGAAUAAACCAAAGUAAAUAUUUUAAUUUUUUGUUACUGUACUUAUCUAAACUUUUAAAUUUGAUUACCUUACCCCUAAAAUUAAAUUAUUUAAUGUCACUCCUCUGAAUGAUCUUGUAUCUACAUAAAAAGGUCUAUUUGCUUUAAUUAAUAACAGACAUUUCAUUAGAUUCUCAAAUUAGUUUUGAUUCACAUUAAUUUGUGUGCUGUCUGUUUUUGAUGGUGGAAUUAAUCCAUUAGCUGGACUGAAAGAUUCACAUUUUUUACAUAAAGUUUGUUGAUGUAAAAUGUUAAGAAUAGUAUGUUUUAAUUUGUAUCCAAUGAAUAGAACUGGAGACACUGCUGGAAAGAUUAUCUCCUCCGUUCAAUUUUAUUUUAUACACUUAACAAAAAACUCCAUACACGAUUCUAGAAGAUAGUUGCCUUGAAAGUGUUGACUUAAUGUAAUGUAAAUUUCUCUCUCCACCUCUCUAUAUUUAUAUAUUUAUUAUUACCUUGUUUUAUUCAGACCUAACUUGAGAAUGUCGGAAAUAUAUUUAUUGGAGACGCGAAUAGAUCAUCUUAUGCAUUUCUGUUAUAAAUUUUAAUGUAUUCUGGCUCUAUGGAUAUGCUGCUUAAUUUUGAAAACAAAGUUCAAUAUACAAUAAAUAUUUCCAAUAAAUUGCAACGUUUCCAAACUUAUUUUCCUUUCUUUAUAAACGUUUUUAUGGAUUUUAAUAAAAAUUUAGUAGUAUAUCCAUACAUAGUUAAAAACACUAUAACUCUUACUUGUAUAAAUACAAGUAAUGUUGAUUUGGAAAUACAGUUUCCAAAUGUAAACACUUAGAAAAAUUUUUCGUCUUUUUUUAACUUAAAAUCUGUUGUAUUAUAAGAAUAUUUUCUAAUAUUUUUAUCAUAAAAUUUUAAUUAUUUCACGGACGUAGAUAGGGACACUUACCGAAACGGUAAGGCAAUUAUAUAAAUGUUGUAUAAGGUUACGAAAACUGGUAUAUGAUACAAUAUUUGCAGAUUAUAUUAUCAUUUUAUAGUCAAAAUGGCACAGUCUUGUCCAAAAACCAAAUUUUCAAGUGUGUAUGUAGAUUUUCAGCUUUAUCAGCUGCGCAUGUACAUUCAGGACUUCCUACUUUGUAGAUAUGGUUAUUUGUGCUAGCAGGUCCAUUACUUUAUGUUGUAACAUAUUUGUUGAUGUUGAUAUGAACUUCAGUUCUGUGAUUAUGAUAAAUCUAACAUCAAUUUGACUAAAAAAAACUUCUGCGGUGUCCAGUACAUGUGCUUUAAAGCUCAAUAUUUUUUGUACCGGGUGUCCCAAUAAGAAUGGCUCUCGGCCAUAUCUCAGGAACCGUUUAUAGUACAGCUUUGAGAGAAAAAAAAUUAUAACAAAAGUUGCCUCAGGAAAAGCCUGGAAAUUAUUUUCAAAAUUGUGGGUCCACCGUUAGACGUAAUUGAAUAUCAAAAAUUAAAAAAUCUAAAUUUUACAAAAUUUUCCUAAUGAAGGAGCACUGGAGAUUCAAUCAUCGUAUUCUUCAUAAAAUUCUGCGCAUAUUUGAUUUCACAAGUUUAAGUCUACCUUUGCAAAUAAGAGGUGGGGGUGAGUGAGAACCUUGUUAUGAAAAAAUGGCUGUAAGUCCGGUUCUGCUAAAUCCAAUUUUUCAAACUUGGCCUUGUUGAAAACAGAUCGUUUCGUCAAUGUAAGAGUUAUGAUUUCAAACCAGCCUAAUAAGUAAUAUGCCAGCUAGGAGGCGUUAUUUAAUUUUUUUCAGAAAUCUAGUUUUCUUUGGAAAAUAUUAAAUACAAAUAUGCAUUUUUAAUCUUGUAUUAUAAAAUUAGUUUAAAUUAGCAA